AAUAAACGUCAAUGUUCUGUGAUUCUGUCUGUCUGUCAGUUUUUAGGCCGUGCGGCAAAUUGUGAAAAUAUAACACACGUAGUUUAUGAUGUUGAGGUUUUAGACAAUUUUCUACGAACUCCCUCGCAGCAAACAUGAGUACUCCGUAUAUUGCUGGUUUAACCACCAAAAACAUAUUCUUAGUAGAUUUCAAAGAGCCGUAUGCAGAGACAAACUUAAGGGAUGAAACAACUACUAACAUACGUGGUAUUAUAUUUAGUCCCAAAGGGACAUAUUUAGCGUAUAGAACUGACAAGAAAGUUGAGAUUGUAAGAUGUUCCGAUUGGUCAGUAGCAGCGACUAUAAAUGGAAAUGUGAAAGAUAUGUUUUUUUCACCCCUGGACAACUAUUUUACUAUAUGGGAAAUGUUCGUCAUGACAAAAGAAAACCCUCAGGGCAAGCCUAACCUACAUGUCUAUAAGUCAGCUGAUGGGCAACUAGUCGGCAGCUUCAUACAAAAAAAUCAAACUGGAUGGGAGCCAAAGUGGACAUCUGAUGAGAAGCUGUUUGCUGUACAGGUGAACAACAGGGUGUUGGUCUAUGAAGAUGGCGUAUUUGACAGAUAUGUACAACAGUUGCAGGCGGACAAACUGAAAUGUUUCAGUGUCUCACCCAGUCCUGCGCCUAUCUACUACUUUGCAGCAUUUACUUUAGGUAAAGCAGGUCAGCCAUCGUUUUGGCGUGUAUUCAAAUAUCCUGAAUUUGAUCAGACCCAGGCAGUGGUGAGCCGGUCGUCUUUCCAGGCUGACAAAGCUACAUUUUACUGGAAUCGACGUGGUACCAAUGUUUUCGCGAUGACGCAAACUGAUGUGGACAAAACUGGUGGUUCUUACUAUGGGAAGCAAUCACUUUCCUAUGGAGAUGUUAAGGGCAAUUCCGAAAAUGUUACAUUCAGUAAGGAGGGUCCUGUGCACUCUAUCGCGUGGAAUCCAGGCAACUCUAACGAAUGGAUGGCGGUGUAUGGACACGCGCCUGCUAAAGCCACGCUGUUCAAUGUUAAGUGCGAACCCCUAUUUGAAUUCGGGACUGGAUCUUGGAACUCCAUAUACUUCCCACCUGAAGGGAAUCGCGUGUUGUUGGGUGGAUUCGGUAACAUAGCGUCUGGUCACAUUGAGGUUUGGGAGCUCCGCGGGUACAAGAAGGUGGGAUCUUGUGCAGCCCCCGACACUACCAGCCUCAUGUGGGAUCCCCGCGCAGAAACCUUCGUCACUGCCACCACAUACCCCAGGCUUACUGUCGGCAACGGAUACAAAAUAUGGCACUACACAUGCGCCCUAAUGCAUAAGCGUAUGUGUGCUGAAAAGGAGAACCUCUUGGCUAUCAGCUGGCAACCAGGCAACUUCCCAAAGAGUGAGCUCUCUAAGAUAGUGCCUAAGUCCAUUGAGGAUACCACGCCGAAGCCAGUAGCUGCAUACAGGCCUCCUGGCGCCAAGAACAGACCUUCGACCUUCACGUUACAUGAGCAGGAGAAGCCACACAGACCUGGAGAAACGCCUAGUGCUGCACCAUCAAAGCAGGCGAUCAAGCAGAAAGAAAAGCGCGAGGCUCGUAAGGCGCGUAAGGCAGAAGAAAAAGCCAGUGGAGACACCUCGUCACCGCCCGCCGCGACCACCACUCCCCGCGCACCCUUCAUCUCCACAGGGGACCCCGAAAAGGACAAGAAGAUCAAAAAUCUCAACAAGAAAUUGAGCGAUAUAGAAAAGCUGAAGCAACAGAAGGCGGCUGGGAAGCAGCUCGAACUGAAUCAAUUGGCGAAGAUUGAUCAGGAGGCUACGUUGCUUCAGGAACUCGCUCAACUACGGUUAUGAUCGUCCACGCUCAUCAAAAACGGACCCGAUUACAAAUAAAAUGCCACCACUCUAGUGCUAGGGACAGCUCUAUAUUUGAUCCAGUCUAGUGGAACAGGUGAUCUAAAUGCAAUUUAUAAAAAAUAAACAUAUUUUUUGUCAAUCGUUACGAUUUUUGUAUCACAAACCUGUUCCACAAGAAUGUUUCAUUGAUUGUUAAUUUAAUAAAAAGACUUAUGAGAUAAGCUAUAAAUACGAUGUGUAAACGCACGUCAUAACUAUUGAAAUAUAUGCGUUUUGUGUUACUAUUUUUGUAUUUAAUAAUGCUGCGUUGAAUCGUUUGCAUAAUAUAAGGUUUGAGAGUGUAUCUAUUUACUUACGUAUCUAAACCGGACUGAUACCUCAACGUACCGAAUAUUAUUGUUCUGACUGUCCGCGAAUGCAGUCACGUAAAAAUACUAUAUUUUUCACAUAAAUAUGUUAAUAAAUUAUAAGAAGGAUUGUACGUUUAUUUUGACAUGUUGAAAGCUAUGAUAUGAUAAGUGUUCAGUGACAUGCAUACAAAGUGAUUGUUGAUUUGUUAUACAUAUAAACAUUAGUUUUGAAUAAAAACAUCAAUCUGGU